CAGUCUGUGCGUAGUGAUACUGACACGCUGCACGUGAUGGCUGAACGUAAUGCGUGAUGAGGGGCCGUGGUUCGGAACAUCGAUGACAGUCCGAGGUGAGUGUCAUCGAUCACUCACGUACCGCACGUACAGUGGGCUGGACAUGAGGAAACACCAGGAAGCUGCAAGUUCGAGCCCCGCCCCCCUCCUCCUGGCUCAGCAACUCAGUGCGUGUGUGAGAGAGAGAGGGUGUGUGUCUGUAUGUGUGUGUGUGAGGAACACUGUGCUUCUCAAACUGAAAGUGUGUGUUAUCAGAAGAAGAAGAAGAAGAGGUCCUGAUGAAGCUGCUCCUCCUCCUCCUCCUCCAGAUGUGCAGCUGUGCAGAAAGCAGGUGUUUCUGUCAGGUCACGGGCGACCUGGACGACUGCGCCUGUGACGUGGAAACGAUCGAUGGCUUCAACAACGAGCAGCUUUUCCCCAAACUCCAAACACUUCUGGAGUCUGACUAUUUCAGGUUCUACAAGGUGAACCUGGACAAGCCGUGUCCGUUCUGGACGUCGAGCGCUCACUGUGGUCUGAGGGACUGUGCUGUGAAGGCCUGCGCUCCUAAUGAAGUUCCAGAGGGGAUCAGAUCUUCAUCACACAACAAGUAUUCAGCAGAAACAGACAUGCAGCUGGAUGAGUGUGAGAAGACUCAGCAUCUCGGAGCUGUGGACGUUUCGUUGAGUGCCGAGACCAGAGAGGCUCUGCUCGACUGGCGCAAACACGACGAUGAGGCCGAGCGGUUCUGUGUCACAGACGACGAGGAAUCUCCAGACUCCCAGUACGUGGACCUGCUGCUGAACCCUGAACGCUUCACGAGCUACAGAGGACCUGAGGUGUGGAGGAUCUGGAACAGCAUCUACGAGGAGAACUGCUUCAAGCCGUACACUGUCAGACGACCUCUCGUUCCCGACUCCUUCCACAGCAGCUCAGGAAGCGAGGCGAGGACGUUCUACCACUGGCUGGAAGGUCAGUGUGUGGAGAAGAGAGCCUUCUACCGCCUCAUCUCCGGCCUGCACGCCAGCAUCAACAUCCACCUGAGCGCCAGGUACCUGCUGGACGACAGCUGGUUUCAGAGGAAGUGGGGUCACAACGUGUCGGAGUUCAGGACGCGGUUCGACUCGGAGCUGACGGAGGGCGAGGGGCCGAAGAGGCUCCGCAACCUCUACUUCCUGUUCCUGAUCGAGCUGCGGGCGCUGGCCAAGGCUCUGCCCGUCUUCCAGCAGCCGUCAUUCCAGCUCUACACCGGCCGAGCCGAGGAGGACCGGAGACACAAAGAGCUGCUGCUGCAUGUCGCACAACUGGCCAGAUCGUUCCCUCUGCACUUUGAUGAGACUUCUCUGUUUGCCGGUGACGAAAAGGAAGCAGGCAAACUGAAGGAGGACAUCAGACUGGCCUUCCUCAACAUCUCCAGGAUCAUGGAUUGUGUCGGCUGCUUCAAAUGUCGACUGUGGGGGAAACUGCAGACUCAGGGAUUAGGCACAGCGCUGAAGAUUCUGUUUUCAGAGCGGCAGAUUGAAGCUCUGCCCGCGGCGGCGAGCCAGCGGCGACCCAGUUUCCAGCUCAGCCGCCAGGAGAUCGUCUCCCUGCUCAACGCCUUUGGAAGGAUUUCAACAAGCGUCCGAGAGCUGAAGAACUUCCGGACGCUUUUAUCAGAGGAGCGGUGACGGCGUAAGGAGGCGUCUUCGUCUAUUUCUAUUAAACUUAUUUUGACUUAAAUCUAACACAGUAAAUCUGAUAUUUUUAGUUAUAAUCACAGCCUAAACAUCGCUACUGUGGAAUCAUAUUCUCUUUAUUAUUAUUCCUUAUGCGCCUCCAUCUUGCAGCAGAAUUAUUAAUUAUUGCCGACUUCGUUUUCUUUGCUUUCUAAAAUAACGAUGGGUACCUUGAAAGGCACUGUAGAAAUCUAAAUUGUCAUUAUUACUAUUGUUAUUGUUAUCAUUAUUAGGGUCAGAAUCUUUUUGCUCAGAAUUUACUUCCCGAAGUUUCAUUUUUGUUUGUUUGAUGAAUAAUUGAUAAAUUCAUUGAUUUUAAUGUAUUUUAUUUUCUAAUAAGAAUUCAAUCUUUCUUCCUCUUCAGUUAAAAUUAAAUCUGAAGUUUUGAUUUAAUCACACAUUUGUCUCUUACUCUUACUUACAUGACUGUGUUGUAUGAAACUGGUCCCACUGAUAAGAUAAGAUUGAAGAGUGUAAAUUAUGAUUUAGAUUUUAAACAUGUUUCUUUAUGUUUCUUUAUAUUUAUUCUUUAACUAAGAUUAUCUCUGUUCAGGUUCCUGUGUAUCUGCUUUACCUGAUCACACGUUUCCCAGUGGCCUGUUGUUGUGAUUAUGCUGCUCACCUGAGGAUGGCGCUGUUUGUAUAGAAAAAUGUUUUCCACACCACAAUCAAUCUGCUCUGAAGAGUCUUCUAGAAAUCAUUUAAAAUCUCUACAGAGGGAUGUGAUGAGUGUUGAGGUGAAAAAUCUCCUAAUGAGAAAAACGAUAUUAAGUUUGUGUUUGAACUUUAAUUCUGAAUAAUGACGAGAUUUGUUUGUUGAGAAAUUGUAUAAAUGUAAUGAACAGAUCAGUAAAGUUCAGAAAUAACAUUAAAUGUAAUUUAGAGUUUUGA